UGACGACGCCGACGACAGUCACCAUGAAGCUGCUGCUCCUCCUCCUCCUGGACCUAACCCUCCUGCACAAAGACGUUCGUUGCCUGGAAGACCAGUCUGCUACGUUGGAUGACCUGGGCUGCUCUGCCACUGGGGUAGAGAGGGUGUUGGCUGCUGGGGACACGGUUAAGAUCACCACACCGAGGUACCCUUGGGCCUAUCCAGGCUUCUCCCAGUGUGCGUGGAACAUCAAGCGAGGCGCCGACACCUUGAUGCUCAAAGUACAGUGUGAUGACUUCAUGUUGGAGUUCCCCUCCAGAAGACAGACGUGUCGAGACUUCCUCCGUCUGAAUAGCGACGUGUACUGCACCAAACAGACGAUCUCCCUCACCUUCCACGCGGACCUGGCAGCCUUAUUCAAAUCUAACAGCAGGAGAGGGAGACGUGGAUUCUCUUGUACUGUGACUGCCACGAGUAAACAACCUCGUAUGGCUUCUUCCCUCACAGCUCAGCCUUCAGAAGACGUUGCCACUACACAGAUGGUCAAGCCGGAGUGUUCAGGGGCCAACAGCCAAGAGGUCAUCCUCAACCCUGGAGACACCGCCCACAUCACCUCCCCCCGCUACCCGGAGGCCUACCCCAACAAUCUACACUGCAACUGGCUCAUACAGGGGUCUGACCCUAGUGUGGCCCUGAGCCUCUUCUGCGAAGCCUUUCACCUACAGAGUAAAGGUUUAUGGGGGCGUGGGUGCUUCGACUACCUCCGUGUUGGCACAGGUGUUCAGUAUUGUGGAAACCGUCGACCCCCGACGCAGGUAAGGAGCGGGUCGCUGGCCCUGGCCUUCAAGACGGAUGAGGCAGUCAACAGACCAGGCUUCAGCUGCUAUGUGAAGGCUGAAGGCGGGGACACUACUGCUGCAACAACCACAACUGUUGCCCCAACAACCACACCUGCUGCCCCGGCAACUACAACCCCAGCCGCAUCCACUACAGCUGUUACCACGACAAGAACGCUAGCUGCCAUAUCUACUAAUGUUGCCCUGACAAUCACAACUCCUGACACCACAACCACACUUACUGCAUCAACAACCACACCUGCUGCCCCGGCAACUACAACCCCAGCCGCAUCCACUACAGCUGUUACCACGACAAGAACGCUAGCUGCCAUAUCUACUAAUGUUGCCCUGACAAUCACAACUCCUGACACCACAAUCACACUUACUGCCCCAACAACCACAGCUGCUGCCACAACUACAACAGUGACAUCUCCUUGCAUUGCAAUAACUAUUAUAUCACAGUUUACGAUUGGUUCUCCUCCUUACACCACAGUAGCCACAGUCUCUACCAUUACAAACACACAUCCUCCUGCAACCACAACCAUCACCUCUACACUCACAACCUCUGUACCAAGUUAUUUCCUAUCCUUCCCCUCAGCCUUAACAAUAAAUAACCCAACUACAACCAUCUCUAGCGUCGUGUCCAUGGUUACAACAGCCGAAGUAACAACACCUGCCACCACCGACCCACCUCCUCCUCCACUACAGUGUGGGGUGAGCAACAGACCCAUGCUCAAGAUCGUGGGCGGGAAGGAGACAGGGGAGCACGAGUUCCCAUGGCAGGUGGGUCUGAUACACAAGGGGGACAAGACCCAGGUGUUCUGUGGCGGCUCUGUCAUACACCCCAAGUGGGUCAUCACCGCCGCUCACUGCCUCGACUUCAUAGUGGAAGAUGAGGAGGAGUAUCUGUUGCUGGUGGGGGCUCACAACCUGCUGGAGGGGGAGACGAUGCAAGAGCGCCAGAUCAAGAACUUCAUUAUCCACGAGGACUAUGACAAAGAGAUGACGGCACACGACAUAGCUCUAGUGGAAGUGGAGGAGCUGGUUCUAACGGAGGAGGUGUCUCCCGUGUGCCUGCCUGACCCAGACGACCUGUACAGCGGCGUGCAGGCCACCGUCACUGGCUGGGGUACCCUGUCUGAUGGUGGGCAGGCGUCGCCGAAGCUGAUGGCCGUGACGCUGCACACCCUGACCAACGCCGAGUGUGAGGUGAGCUACGGCACCAGAGUCACGGAGAACAUGCUGUGUGCCGGCAUGACCAGGGGCGGCAAAGACUCCUGCCAGGGUGACUCAGGAGGCCCACUGGUAACACUCAACAGUGGAACGGGCCGCUACCAGAUCAUCGGCAUUGUAUCGUGGGGCCGCGGCUGUGGUGUGGCGGGUUCUCCUGGCGUGUACACCAGAACCAGCAGCUACAUUGACUGGAUCUUGUGGCAUUUUGAGAACGACACCACCACUGGUUUGAUGUAACUCCUACCAGGUGUACAAGGAACCUAGCUAGCUGGUGUCCUGUCCACCGUCUACCUGUUCACUGUCUACCUGUUCAAUGUCUACCUAUUCACCGUAUGGCUGUCCACUGUCUACCU